AUGGCUCGUUCCCUUUCUGCCCUACGAGACUUAGUUAAGGUCCUAGCUGAGUCAACUCGGCUAGUCGCAAUUGUUUUUUAUGUUUUCGGUUCAGACGCAUUUGAUAUGGCCAAAGAAUUCCACGUGGCACCCUACUUGUUCUGGUCUACAACUGCCAUGAUGUUGAGUUUUGCAUUUCAUUUGCCAAGGCUUGACGAGACUACUACUUGCGAGUACAGGGACAUGCCUGAACCGGUCCAAUUCCCAGGUUGUGUACCUCUCCAUGGUAGGGAUUUUCUUGAACCUGUUCAAGAUAGGAGCAAUGAGGCCUAUGCAGCCGUACUACGUACAUCCAAAAAGUUGCUUUUGGUUGCUGGGGUCUUGGUCAACAGUAGUUUGGAUUUGGAACCAAAUGUUUUCAAGGCUUUGAAGAAAGGAAGAGCACAAGGGUUUCCACUAGUUUAUCCAAUCAGACCGAUAAUUAAUCUCAGUCCGACCGAUGGUGGAAUAAAUGGGCAACAUGAGUGCUUGAGCUGGCUGGACAAGCAGCUACGUGGGUCGGAUUUAUUUGUUGCAUUUGGAAGCGGCGGGACCCUCUCACUGAAGCAGAUACAGGAGUUGGCAUUAGGGCUUGAAAUGAGUAGGCAGAGAUUUCUUUGGGUUGUGAAGAGGCCAAAUGAGACAGCUAAAAAUGGUACUUACUUUGCUCCUAAUAGGUUUUUGGAUCCAUUAGGUUUUCUACCAAAUAAGUUUUUGGAGAGGACUAAAGAUGUGGGUCUCGUUGUGCCGUCGUGGGUUCCUCAGGUUCAAGUGCUGAGUCACGCGUCACUGGGCGGGUUUAUAACCCACUGUGGUUGGAACUCAGUUUUGGAGAGUGUCGUGAAUGGUGUGCCUUUAAUUGCUUGGCCUCUCUACGCAGAGCAAAGAAGUAAUGUAGUAUUGCUUGCUGAUGAUAUAAAGAUUGCAUGGAGAGUGAAAAUGAAUGAAAAGGGGAUAAUGGAGAGCCAAGGCAUUGCCAAGUAUGCAAGGGGUUUAAUUGAAGGAGAUGAAGGGAAAUUGCCAAGGAAGAAGGUGAAGGAGUUGCAAGAGGCUUCCAAAAUUGCUUUGAGCCCAGAAGGGUUGUCAACAAAGUCACUUGCUGAGGUGGCUCAGAUAUGGAAACGCAACAACUGA